GUUUCUCAAAGAAAACCUAGGGCGGAGGAGGAAGAGCUUGGUCGCUUUUGCCAGUGAGAGGGCGCCACCACAUUUUCUCCUCCAUCUCACUCUCUCUCGUGUAGCGAUGGAUCAGCUCCGCGAGAUGGCGCACAACAUGAGCUCCCUGGCCGCCCAGGGGAUGGAUUACAUCGAAUCCAACACGGGCCUCCCGCCGAUCGUGCUCUUCACCAUCAUCGCGCUGCUUCUUGGUGCGUAUUACCUCAUCUCUGGGAUUCUUGCUCCAUCGCAAAUCGGCGCCGCUCCCCUCUCGGCCAUCAUCGAGGAGGAGGAGGAGGAGGCGGCCGCGGCGGCAGCAGCAGCGGUGGAUCCUCCCUCGAUCGUGGAGCUCGGGGAUCAGGUCACUCUCUUGGAGCUCGCUGCGUACGAUGGGAAGGAUUCGAGCAAGCCGCUGCUCAUGGCGAUCAAGGGAACGAUUUACAACGUUUCUUCUGCCAGGGAUUUCUACGGGCCUGGUGGGCCUUAUGCCGUUUUCGCUGGAAGAGAUGCCAGCCGCGCUUUGGCGAAGAUGAGUUUUGACGAGGGUGAUCUCUGCGGUGAUCUGGAUGGAUUGAGCAGCCAGCAGCUCGAAGUUCUCAAGGAUUGGGAGAGCAAAUUCGCCAGUAAGUAUCCCAGAGUCGGAGCUGUCAAGCCCAAAAAGGAGGACAAGGUGGUGGACGAUUCAAGCAUCGGUAUGGAGAUGGAGGGGGACGAGAAGAAGUACAAGGACAGUGAUGAGACAAAGAAAAGCCUCGGGGAGAAGGACGAUCAGAAAGUUUCCGAGGAACACAAGGAUGCUGGACAAGAACACGACUCAGAGGACGAGACUACAGUAACAACAGAUGCGGGGGUCAGGGAUCGAUACGACGAGAAAGAGGAGAGCUUUAACUCGUCUUCAGCAGCUUAA